AGAUGAGCUAGCUAGCAUUUUACAGCAGAAGUCACAAUAGCGACUCGAGGCGAAAGAGACGACGUGAAUAUUUGUAGCUGACUAGCUAGCUGCUACAACAUUACCUACAUUUUAGUUAAUUGUGUGUGGCUAGUGUCACUGCCGAAUAUAAGGACAAGACUCGGAAAACAACGAUUUGCUGUAUCGUUAUUUAAUACGGGUAAGCCGACUUUGCUAAUUAGCUAAAUGGAAUUGUGACUGUUUUUUGUUAACUUGCUAACGUUAGCUAGCUACCAAGCUAACGUUAGCUAGCUCAGUGGCUGGCUAAAAUGGGACAUUUGGAGAGCCACCGUAUCCAACCUCCAUCUCCUUUUCACCCGUUAUUCAAUAAGGGUUUUGUUAGCCGCUAGCUAGCACAGCUACGGCUGAAGAAGGUGGUUGGUGUUGCUAGCUAGCUAACAAUGUUAGAGAGUCUUGAUAAUUGUUUUUCCCUUUUGAAACCGCACUAAGUAAGCCGGACAUUCCACUUGCCAAUGGCAAACUUAACUAGCUAACGUUAGCUGGCUAUCUUUUUAAACUGUAUUCAUAUUGUGUUAAUCUAAAUAGCCAGUUAGCUUGUUAAUACUAUGUGUUGUGUUAUAUUUAAAUAUGUGUUCGUUAGUUACAAGUCAUUUGUUUUUGUUUAUCUUGCGCAAUCUGGCACGAGGCCUGUGAAGCCAGACAACUCAGUCAUGCACAGUCAAGACAGGCAGUACAACGUUUCCCCUUACAGCCACUAUCAUGGUUGGCUGACAGUUGUUUAGAAAAGUCUCAAGGUUUUGUUGUCAUCACGCUAUGAGCAGGCCAGUAAGUCCACUGAACUGUCCUCUGCUUCAUCAAAGAUUGUGGAUAUACUGACAAGAUACACUGAGUGUACAAAACCUUAAGGACACCUGCUCUUUCCAUGACAGACUGACCAGGUGAAAGCUAUGAUCCUUUGAUGUCACUUGUUAAAUCCACUUCAAUCGGUGUAGAUUUAGGGGAAGAGACUUUUAAGCCUUGAGACAAUUUUGACAUGGAUUGUGUAUGUGUGCCAUUCAGAGUGUGGAUGGACAAGACAAAAUAUUUAAGUGCCUUUCAACAGGGUAUGGUAGUAAGUGCCAGGCGCACCGGUUUGUGUCAAGAACUGCAACGCUGCUGGGGUUUUCACAUUCAACAGUUUCCCGUGUAUAUCAAGAAUGGUCCAAAAACCUGAGGACAUCUAGCCAACUUGACACAACUGUGGGAAGCAUUGGCGUCAACAUGGGCCAGCAUCCAUGUGGAAACGCUUUCGACACCUUGUGGAGUCCGUGCCACAACGAAUUGAGGCUGUUCUGAGGGCAAAAGGGCCGGGGGUGCAACUCAAUAUUAGGAAGGUGUUCUUAUUAUUUUGUACACAGUGUAGCUGUCCGCCCUAACAAUGGGAGUCGUAGUCCACAAAGCGGCAUGGCAGGCUGUCUAGCUCCCGCCUAUCCUUUCUUUGGAUUGGUGGAUAAAUCUUAUUAUUGUAAUCCUUUUUUGAAUAUUCGAUGAGGGUUUGUGACAUCAACUGCCUGUAUUCAAUGGAGAGAGAUGCUAUGCUACUAGCCUAAUUUCAUGAAUAUGCAUAGCCAUCUCGAGAUGACUCCGAUAGUGUUUUUUCUCAGUUGCCGGGAUGUUACGUGUCCUACUUAUAUCCGUACACUCGUAACAACUUAAGUAUUACGAAACUUCUCUUCGGUUUUUUUGUUGACCAAAUUCGACACUCAUUGACCGCCAUACAAAAAACCCUUUGUUUGGUGGGUGAAAGAACGCCACCUGCUGGAGGGAGACAUUUUCCGCUGAGUUGGGCCUCUCUCUUCCUCCCUGGCUUCAUACAACCUCCGCAAGGGGUUAAAGGUCAUGGUCCUUUAGGCUAGAUUCUAGAACUGGCGUGUUGUGUGAUCAUGCACUGUAACCCAAGAAGAGUUGUGAAAUGUCAUGUGGCAGUUUAAGAUUUAGUAAACAGAAACACUGAGAUGGGAGCAGGUGCUAAGUUAUAGAAUGUGACGCUGGCCAUUUAAAGGCACGAGACUCCAUUGCCACAUGCUUGGUAGCUAGAGAGCCGGCCCUAGAACUAUGUCAGUGGGAUAAUUUAACACGACAGGAUGUUUUUAGAAACUGGGACAUGGCCUGGUUGCUUUUUCUAUUCAUUAACUGACUAUGGUUCCACAUCUAAUUAGUUAAAAAUCCUAAUGUUUUUAGAAAUGUUUUUUUCUCUCACAUUAAUUCAGGGCAGACCACUUCACCCCUUCCUCCUUGUAAAUCCAGAAUAUCAACACAACAAAGAUGGAGGCGCUCCAUGCUCACUGCCUGAACUGUGUGAACAGGAGGUGUAUGAUCCGCCCAGAGACUGGUGUGUCCUGUGAUCUCAUUUGCUGCCCUCUCGUCUGUGGAGCUGUCUUCCACUCCUGCAAAGUGGAGGAGCAUCAUUUACUAUGCCCGUUUGAAAGAGUGCCUUGCCUCAACACUGGAUUCGGGUGCCCAUUCACUAUUGCUCGGAUCAAGAUGGCUGAACACCUAGAGACGUGCCCAGCCAGUGUGGUGUGUUGCACCAUGGAGUGGAACCGUUGGCCUGUGAGCUAUUCAGACAGGAAGUCCUAUGAGCACCUGAGCAAUGUUGAAGUGGUGGAGCAGCUAGACAUGGCCCUGGCUCUGCAAGAUCAGAGGAUGCUACUGGAGUCCCUCCGAGUCACCACCAACACAUCAAAGAAUGGGUAUAAUAAACCAGCUGUGGAAACGAGUGAAAAGAUGGCUGAUGUAGUGUCAAGUGUUCCAGACACUGCAGUAAGUAAUGGGAUCGUUGAAAUAGAUGAGGCUGCUGCUUUGACUAAUGGAGUGAUUGAAAUGGAUGAUGAGGAUUCCUAUAUUGCAGUACACAAAAAAAACUUAGCCGCAACCUUGGACGUUCUCAGAAGUGCAAAGGACAUUAACUUGAUCAAUGGAAUUAUAAAUGGGGAAAAGACUGAGAGAAAUGGGGUUCUCCAUAAUGGAGAGAACAGUGAUGGUGGUAAUCAUGAUGACUUGAAGAAUGUAGAGAUGAAGGAGAGUGACACAGAGUUGGACUGUGACCUCGGAGCAGUGGGCGGCGUGUCCGUGGACUGUGGAGUCGGAACCGACAGACGGGGAGACGAUGAGAGCUACUGGAUAGAGCUCAAUGAACUAAUCAAGUCUUCAGAGGAAACGGAGAAGGAUGGCAUGAUGGGUCUAGCAGAGGUGGGUCCUCCUCCCCUCAGUAACGGUUUCCACCAUACAGGAGACGGCCACGAUCGCUUGAGACGACGUGAGCGGAUGGAUCUGAGCAGAUCUCCACCCAGACGCUCUGAAGUCAACAGGUCUUCAGACUUCAGGCCGGUGAUGCCUUAUCUCUCCAUGCCUAAUAUAGUAACACCACGGGAGCCCUCUGGCCCCCACCCUCCACCACUUCCCAUCCACCUGCCUCUUCCCAUGCCUCUCCCUAAUCUGGAACCCUACAAUGUGCUUCAGCACCUGCCCUUAGAGAUCGAAGACAGGUGGCUGGAGAGGAAACUACAGAACCUCCAGGUGCUCAGAGGGAUGAGUGUGUUUACGUUUAACGGGCGCAGGGCUAUGAUGUCUGACCCCUAUCUGUUCAGAGCUAAAAUGGAGGACAAGUCAGUGGACACCUCAGACCUGGAGGUAACUGACGAUCCAUUGGGGCUCCAUGGGAUCGACCUGAUCACGGCAGCGCUGCUCUUCUGUCUGGGGGACUCCCCUGGGGGCCGCAGCAUCUCAGACAGCAGAUUUGUAGACGGUUACCGCGUCGACUUUGGUACCCAGACCUUCUCCUUCCCCUCGGCAAUAUUGGCCACUAACACCAUGGUGGGGGACAUCGCCUCAGCGUCGGCCUGUGAUCACGCCAGCCCACAGCUCUCCAACCCCAGCCCCUUCCACACCCUCAGACUGGACCUGGUUCUGGAGUGCGUGGCCCGCUACCAAACAAAGCAGCGCACCAUGUUCACCUUUGUGUGUGGACAGCUGUUCCGCAGAGACGAAUUCUCCUCGCAUUUCAAAAAUGUUCACGGUGACAUCCACGCCGGGUUGAACGGCUGGCUAGAGCACCGCUGUCCUCUGGCCUACUACGGCUGCACCUACUCCCAGAGACGCUUCUGUCCCUCCGUGCAGGGCUCCAGGAUCAUCCACGAUAGACACCUGGGCUCGUUCGGGGUGCAGCCGGGUAUGCCUCCCCAGUUCGGAGAUAAAACUCUCCCCAGGAAUGCCUGUCGGUUCGGCUCCACCUGCGACCACCUGAGCUCCUUGCCCUUCGAGGUGCAACAGUAUGUGGCCAGUUUCCUGGAUGGCUUCAGCCUGUGCCAGCUGUCCAGGGUCUCCCGGACCAUGAGGGAUGUGUGCGCCAGCUUACUGCAGUCCAGAGGCAUGGUGGUGCUUCUCUGGGAGAACACAAGACGGGCAGAUGGGUCCUCCUCAUGGCAGAUCCAAAACAAGGUUAGUCACUCACUGCAUUUUAAACAUGUGCAUUAACAUCUGUAUUGAAUUUAAUUUUAUUGCAUUUUCCCAUAAAUCUAUGAUCAAUAGGAAAUGUCAGAUUUGUAUGACAGUUUGAGAUGUGCAUGGGGAUCUCAAGUUAGAAUUCAUUUCCUGACCACUGAAUGCAUGCUGUCCUGUAUUAACACAGUAAUCAAUUAGAUUAAAGGCUUUGCAUUGUAAAAGGACAUACACAAGCAGGCAUACCAUAUUACAUAUAUAAACAUCUUUAUCAUUAGAACUAAUUCAUUUAUAUGAUUCUGUUUUGUGAACCAGGUGUGGCGAUUCAGUACGGCCUUCGGUACGGUGAACGAGUGGAAGUUUGCCAACAUCGCCAAUAUGGCCGAACAUCUGAAGAAGUGCAAGUUUAACACCAUCACCCGUCGGGACGAGGCUAUCCCUCUGCCCUGCAUGUGCUUCACCAGAGAGCUCACCAAAGAGGGACGCUCACUGCGCUCAGUCCUCAAGCCAGUAUUAUGAGUUACCCUAUAACAGGGUUGGAGUCCAUGGUUACGUCUGAAUUGGCAGCCUAUUCCCUAUAUAGUG